AUGCCUAUAUUCCAAGACCCCGAUCGUCAACGGUUCUAUGACCUGUGGUCGGAUGACCACACUGAACCUGAACGGGGAGAUUGUACAUCUUCCUGGGCAGACCAUCAUGAUGGAAAUUGGGGGGGAUUUAAUGACCCUAAGCGAGAUGUGGGAGCUCCUGUCGAUCGUCGCUCGCCCGAUCUCCAGCUCCCAAGGUUGCAUACGGGUGAUCGGACGGAAUUGAUACAGUAUAUCAAGAGUGCCGACACUUCCACGUGGGGGGAAGAUCCUUUGUCUGGGAACACUUAUCCCCCACAUGUGUCAGACGAACAUCUACGAAUAGAAGGAGUCUCCGCUCAAGGGGAAAUGCCCAUCGAUGAGUAUCGUCCAAGUGGGACACAAGAAGAAUUAGGGUCCCCAGCAGAGAUACAACGGCCCCGGUCGGCUUUACACUCCGGUGACUUCAGGGAAGGAACCAGCCAACUUCAUGGUCAGGAACCAUCGCAGCCUUCUCCGGCUGAACCCAGCGCUGGUCCGCAUUUACCCCAACUGGGCUCGUCUCCCACGACACCCUGGUAUAGUCCCUCAGCUUUUCAGUCGCCUCUACGGAAGCCGCAAUUAUCCACUCAGUCCCGAGCACCAUGGGCUGCUACGGGAGGCCGAUCCAGAGCACCAUCACUUGGUUCAUUUUCGUCUAGCUAUGUUCUCAAGGCCCCGACAAGCCCUCUGGUUCACCAGGCCAAUAAUACAGAUCUGGACUUCUCUCCGAGGGCUGAUAUUGGCAAUCUCUCUGAUUCUAUGGAAAAGGCCAAUCGUCGUCGUACCUUGCCUCCAGAGAGCUUUCGGUAUCUUCAACCGUCCUUUUCGGGAGUAAACAGCUUCCACGGGACCAAUCCAUUUGAUGAACGCGCAGACCCAUUCUCUUGCCAAGCCCAUCAUCCUCAACGAAACCCAAGCUCAACAUAUAGUCUUCAACUCGCAUCUUCGGUUCAUACCCCCGCGUUGCGGUUUCGGAGGCCCUCUUUAGCAUCCGAAUCAUCACCCAAGUGCCAUGCUCCAAUGGUUGGCUCAUAUGAGGAAUGUAUCCUCCGUGGGCGAAUGUCGAUGAAUCCAUCCAAACCGCUGGAUUUCACUGCGCAGAUUGGUGUGCUGGGGAAAGGCAAGUGCAAAGCCAACCUCAAAUGUCCACCACAUGUGUCGAUCCCUUUUCCUGCAGUGUUUUAUAGUUAUCCAACGUCGGGGCGUGGACGUUCAAUUUCCGACGAUAACCCAAGUCCAUACGUUGGUUUGAUUGAUCUUGACGGUUCUCUUCCCAAGGACGAUCCAUCUAUCAAUCGACGUCGCAAGCUUCAUCAUGACCCGGUUAACGUUCACGACGAUGCGGUUACUGAUAAUACAGCUCCAUCCAGACAUAAUGAAUCGGAAAUGCUGCGCAGACGAGAGAAACGCAACAGAAGGGCGGAAUCGCCCAAAUGUCCACCCGGAGGUUGCUAUAGAAUACCGCAACAGGGCCAGCUGCAGAUUAUAAUCAAAAACCCGAACAAAACGGCUGUCAAGCUGUUCCUCGUCCCAUACGAUCUUAGCGACAUGGAACCCGGAACAAAAACGUUCAUUCGACAGAGGAGUUAUUCUGCUGGUCCCAUCAUUGACAUGCCACUUACUGCUCGGAAAAACUUUGGCACUGAUCGCCCGGAAGCAUCCUUGAAUGCAUCAGAAGAUCCCAAAGAUAAGCCGAUCUUGAGAUAUCUUAUUCAUCUAAACAUCUGCUCUCCCUCGAGAGGUCGGUUCUACCUCCACUCAAGUAUCCGCGUUGUGUUUGCCAAUCGUGUCCCCGAUGGGAAAGAGAAAUUGCGAAAUGAGAUCCAACAUCCCGAUCCACGAUACACGCCCUACAAGCCCACUCGUGAAGCCAACGUUUCUCACAUGGGCCAGAAAAUGGUGGCGGAUAAAACAUUCAGAAGAAAUGUGGGUCAAGGUCUGAUGCAGGAGUUUAUUUCUCCGGAUUAUGAAAGAUCAAGAGAGCAUUUUUCUACUGUGCAGGAAAAAUCAUUCGCAGUCCCACCGAUGGGUGGCGACAGAUCCGUCGCCGUUCACCCUGAGGGUAAGGCAUACUUUACACAGCGAGUACCACACUCGUUCCAGCCUAACCAGACUUUGAAGCAAGGCCCAUGGGGAGAUUCUGAACUCUAUAAAUCCACAAAUACUGCAUCAGUUAAAAAUGAUGUUGAUGAAACCGAAAUGUACAACAAACUCAGAAAAGGGGACAUCGGAUACGGCGGGUCUCCGUUUGGUUCCUUUGCCGGUUCUGAGCCCGGAGAAAGCUUACUUGCCAAACGACUCAGGGGACUAGACGUACAAAGACACGACUCCGCUUGCUCUCGCUGA